AUGGCUCCACCAAAAUUUGGCGAUCUUAAUAAACAAGUAACAGAUCUAUUUAAUAAAGGCUAUUAUUUCAAUACCUUUAAACUUGAUGUUAAAACUCGUACAGCUAAUGGCGUUAAUUUUAAUGUUGUUGGUGAACAUAAUACAGAAACAGCAAGAACAGUUGGUAGCCUUGAAACAAAAUAUGUUGUACCUGAAUAUGGUUUAACAUUUUUGGAAAAAUGGAAUACAGAUAAUUUACUUAAAUGUGAAAUAACAGCUGAUGAUCAAUUAGCUCAAGGUUUUAAAAUUACUUUUGAUGGAAGUCUUAUUCCAACUACAGGAAAAAAAACUGCUGAUCUUCGUACAUCUUAUGUACAUGAUAAAGCACAUGUUGAAACAAACAUUGGUUUUGAUGCUGCUGGUCCAAUUCUUAAUGGAGCUAUUGUUUUAGGACAUCAAGGAUGGUUAGCUGGUUAUCAAUAUGUUUAUAGUACAGCUAAAGGAGCAUUAACAAAGAAUAAUUUUGGUGUUGGAUAUAAAGCAAAAGAUUUUACAUUAUUUGCUAAUUUAAAUGACGGUAAUGAAGUUGGUGGUAGUGUUUAUCAACGUCUUAAUAAUCGUCUUGAAACUGGUGUUCAAUUAGCAUGGUCAGCAGGUACAAAUCAAACACGAUUUGCACUUGCUUCAAAAUAUCAACUUGAUUCUCAAACUGCAAUUGGUGUUAAAGUAAAUAAUAUUUGUCAAGUUGGUGUUUCAUUUCAACAACUUCUUCGUCCAGGUGCCAAAUUAACAUUAUCAGCUUUGUUUGAAGCUCGAAAUUUGAAUGCUGGCGGACAUAAAGUCGGUUUAGGACUUGAACUUGAAGGCUAA